GAGAGGGUAUUUCGUUUAUCUUAAGAAGAAGAAGAAGAAGAAGUUCUCUGUAGUUCUGUUCUGUUUGUCCUCUAUUAUUUCUCUGUUAAUUUUCGUUCACUUUCUUUCUCUGAAACCAAACAGAGGAUUUUGGGUGGGAAUUGACAAGAAUUUGAUAAAGUUCUCGCCAAAUUUUUUGUAAAGGAAUGUUAAGAAUCUGAAUCUGGUAGGGAUAGAGAGAGUUGUUUUAGAGAUACAUUCAAAGAGAUUUAAAGGGGUUGUUCAGAAGGAAUUUGUACUAGAUUUGUUUGAUUUACAGUCGCUGAUUGUGAAGAUAGGUCUUUGUUUCAUUGAAAUUUACUCAUUGAAGGUGACGUAGUUGGAGUUUCGGAGAUACAUUUUCAAAGAGAUUGGAGCAGUUAUAUAAAGUGAAGAUCAGAGGAGUUGAAGAUUUAACGCCCUUGAAAUGUCAUUAUUUUGUUGAAAUUUUGAUAUAAAGAAAGCAAUAUACUGGUUAAUUAACGGCGGUGCGGUGAUAUUGGAGGUCUACAGAAGGAGAUGGAAAAGAGUCCUUUGAGAAGCAGUAAUAACGGUACCAGUAGCGGUAUUACCAGUAACGGCAGAGAUAGAAGCGGAGGGGACGGUGGGUUAUUAAGAGCGAGCUCAGAGAUUAACACAAGGCAAGCGACAUCGACUGAUUUUGUCUUGCAAUGGGGUAACCGGAAGAGGCUCCGGUGCAUGAAAGUACAGGUCAAGGACGACUCGGCAGCCCCGGCCCAUCGGACAACGGUUCGGGUCGUCAGAACUGACAAGGACACUUCCAUUCAGCCGAGCACUGCUACUGCUAAUAAUAUUAAUGGUAGUAAUAACCACGGUAAUGGUUACUUUAAUCUCCGUCAACGGCCCUCUUCGCCUCCACCUCCGCCUCCUCAGCGCAUUCUCAGGUUGGUCCAAGUGUAUAAUGGUUUUCAGAAGGAGAGCUCAUGGAACACUGAGAAUUCAAGUGCCAUGAGAGGGCAAAGCAACGGUGGUGGUGUGAGAGGUUUUGCGUCUCCAGAUAGGGGAGCGCACGAUAAGAGAGGUACCCGAAACAAUAACCAUCACACCAGCAACAACAACAACAAUAAUCAUAAUCAUGAUUACAACAAGUCAGGGGCAUCAUCGGAAACAGCCCACGACAGCAAAAAAGGAGGGUCUUCUUCUGCCAGCGGCGAGGCGGCACCAUCUGUUUGGCCACCGAAAUUCGUGAUUGCUUUGACCAACAAAGAAAAAGAAGAGGAUUUCAUGGCCAUUAAAGGCUCUAAGCUCCCACAAAGACCCAAAAAGAGAGCAAAAUUUAUUCAACGCACUCUCAAUUUGGUAAGCCCAGGUGCAUGGUUAUGUGAUCUAACCCUUGAACGGUAUGAAGUGAGGGAGAAGAAGAUUUCUAAAAAGAGACCUAGAGGUUUAAAGGCAAUGGGUAACAUGGACUCAGAUUCAGAAUAAGAGGAAUCCCGGUGUAGGCUGUAUUUGUUAGGAGAAAGAUAAUGAAGAGGAUGAUCAAAGGCGUUG